UGCUGACCAUGAGCGAGCAGAGCCACGUCAACAGCCUGUUCCUCAACGAGGAUGCAGCCAAGCGGCUCCACGCCGACAGCCGGGUGCAGCGGUUCCAGCAGGCUGUGCACAAGCGGGCGGCGCGGGCCAAGAAGCGGAUGCACAGCAUCACUGCUGAGAGUGCUAAAAGCUUCUUCAGGAGAAAUGCCUUUGUCCUCUUCACCAUUGCUGCAGUCCUACUAGGAAUUAUCCUGGCCUUCUCCCUCCGGCCCUACCAGCUGACCUAUCGCCAGAUCAAGUAUUUCUCCUUCCCUGGCGAGCUGCUGAUGCGUAUGCUCCAGAUGCUGGUUCUUCCUCUCAUUGUCUCUAGCUUGAUUACAGGAAUGGCCUCACUGGACAGCAGAGUCUCAGGGAAGAUGGGGAUGCGGGCUAUCAUCUACUACAUGGUGACCACAAUCAUAGCUGUCUUCAUUGGCAUCUUCAUGGUGAUCAUCAUACACCCAGGAAAAGGAUCUAAGGACAAACUUCACAGAGAAGGCAGAAUUGAGCAGGUGCAGACUACAGAUGCCUUCAUGGACUUGGUGAGGAAUAUGUUCCCACCCAACCUGGUAGAAGCCUGCUUCAAACAGUACAAGACUCAGUACAGCACCAGGGUCUUCACCAGAACCAUCCUCCACAGCAGCAAUGCCACAGCAGGUGUGGUAACCACUCAGAUCCCUGUGCCUGAGAAUUUCACCAGCAUCAUGGAGAAUGUCACUCAUGCCCUGGGAACCAUCUCCGAGGUGCUGACCUUUGAAGAAGUCAUUCCCAUCCCAGGCUCAGCCAAUGGGGUGAACGCGCUGGGGCUGGUGGUGUUCUCCAUGUGCUUCGGUUUGAUGAUCGGCAGCAUGAAGCAGAAGGGACGGGCCCUGCGGGAGUUCUUUAACUGCCUCAACGAAGCCAUCAUGAGGCUGGUGGCCAUUAUCAUCUGGUAUGCUCCAGUUGGGAUCAUGUUUUUAAUUGCGGGCAAAAUCCUGGAGAUGGAUGACCUAGCAGUGAUGGGAGGCCAGCUGGGGAUGUACACACUCACUGUCAUCGUUGGACUCCUCAUUCAUGCCCUUUGCAUCCUGCCUCUGCUCUACUUCAUUGUCACUCACCGAAACCCCUGGGUGUUCAUUGCAGGGCUCCUGCAGGCUCUCAUCACAGCCCUGGGCACCUCCUCCAGCUCAGCGACUCUGCCCAUAACCUUCAGGUGCCUGGAAGAAAACAAUGGUGUGGACAGGCGCAUCACAAGGUUUGUGCUGCCUGUGGGAGCCACAAUUAACAUGGACGGCACUGCUCUGUACGAGGCCCUUGCAGCCAUCUUCAUUGCACAAGUCAACAACUAUGAACUUGACUUUGGGCAAAUCAUCACAAUAAGCAUCACUGCCACAGCAGCCAGCAUCGGAGCCGCAGGUAUUCCCCAGGCAGGACUGGUGACAAUGGUUAUAGUGCUGACAUCAGUGGGGCUGCCUACUGAAGACAUUACACUGAUCAUCGCUGUGGACUGGUUUCUGGACCGCCUUAGAACGACUACAAACGUCCUGGGGGAUUCUCUGGGGGCUGGCAUUGUGGAGCAUCUCUCCCGGCAUGAGCUGGAUGCGCAAGACUGCGAACUUGACUAAACAGAUCCUGUAUGUAUCACAGACUACUUGUCCAACUUCUCAAGAAAACAUUGAAUUCUAAUCUUGAAGUGACUUCCUGUAUAAAAAGGGCAAACUGAAGGAUGAAUCAGAAGAUUGUUGGAUUGGAUUCUAGCUCAAAUGGGAAUGAAUUCUGGGAAGUCCUAUGGCUUGGGUUACACAGACUAGAUGGUCAUAAGGGUCCCUUCUGGCUUUAUAAUAUAUGCACGUGCUUUCUGGCUUAGAGAUAUCACAAAGGGUUUUUCCAACCCAAUCAUUUCUAAAAGCUAUCUGAAACAAUUCUAAUGAUACUUUAAUAAAACUCAGCAGGAGUCUAACCUGUUUUCAGUUCCUGUUAGCAGACAUGUACACAUAUCACAAAAGGGACUCUCCAUACCACAUUGCAUCCACAUGUUCACAGAUGUUCCCACAAAGCAGUAUGCACCAAGCCUUGUCAUUUGUGAUUUCCUGCUUUCCACACAAGAUUAACAGAGCAAAAACAAGUAGAUGCCUCAUUUUCCAACAAUGCAAACCAGUAUUCCUUUGGGAAUUUCAGAAUUCGGUUUAUAGCUCUUAGCUCUAGUGUUUACCCAUGCUGUAACCAGAUUAUGAUUGGAAUUAUCGGUUUACAGUACCUGAACAUCAAAAUAUUGUCAGAAAUUUGCAUAUACUUACAUAUAUAUUUAUAAAUAUAUAUGAAAGAGGUCUGUGUGUGCAAGCAUAUGUGUACAUAGAAUCCAAUUUUUUGUUACUAAUCCAAGAAGGAAAGCCAAUAUUAUAGUCUCACUAUGUGUAAAGCUGCAUAUUUCAUUUUGGUGCACACCUGGAUUUACUCAUUUAACCCUGUACUU